CCGGUUGCAAUAACGAUAUCCCAAGGGCUGCCGCUGCUCUGCUGCUGCCCUACGUUUAUCCCGAUCCAAAGCUGCUAAACGCUCUUAUAAAAUGGGCGUUAAGGGUCUCCAGCAAUUUGUGGACCUUUUCAGCCCAGGCGUGUGUGUGCCUGUGAACCUCAGGAAAAUGGCACAGCAACAUCAGUCCAAAAGCCAGCACGUACCUACGUCUACAGCCAAGAGCAGUCCCACACUAGUGGUGGAUGGCAUGGCCUGCCUGCGUUCCUGGUACUCCUGUGAGGACUGGGUGAGUGGGGGGCAGUGGAAGGAGUACAUGAGCAUCCUGGUACGCUGGGUAGAGGCCUUCACCAGCGCGGGCAUCAGGCUGGUCUUCUUUUUCGACGGGGUGGUGGAUGAACACAAGAGACCAGAGUGGGUGAGGAGGCGACGCAGAGUCGACGGGGAGAUCUCCAAGGUCUUCCGUCACAUCAGAAUCCACGGGGUGCAGCCGGGGCGAGGGCUCUUCUGUCUCCCAUCUGGCCUGGCCACUUUCACACGCUUUGCCCUUAGGUCACUGGGUCAGGAGGUGUUUUGCUCGGUGCGAGAGGCUGACUAUGAGAUCGCCAGCUAUGCUCAUCGCCAUGGCAGCAUGGGCAUUCUGGGACAGGACUCCGACUUCAUCAUUUUUAACAGUGCCCCCUACCUGUCAGUGGCAAAGCUGAAUUUGGAUCAACUGACAACAGUCACCUACAACCAGGACAGCCUGUGCCAGACGUUGGGCCUGGCUGUUAACCAGCUACCUCUGCUGGCCUGUAUUCUAGGCAAUGACAUUGUGUCAGAGGAGCGGAUGCAGCAUGUUAGGAGCAAUGCUAUGGCCGCAUACAGGAGAGACCCUCUAUAUCCUGGUGCUUCCAAAGGGGAAAAGGUGUUUGCUGUAGCCCAGCUGGUACGCUCUGUGUGGGGCAGUGGAGCGGAGGACCCUGGGCUUAUCCCUCAGUCACUGGGUCUCUCAGACCCUGACCGAAAACUCCUGGAGAGGGGAGUUCACUCCUACUUACUCCCUGGACAGGGUCCUCUCCAUGGGGUCGACCUCCAAGACGUCCCCCCUGGUACCUCCUGUGUGAUGGAGAGAUAUGUCACUCCUAAAAUCUUAAAGGUGUGUAGGGAAAAGCACGUAACAGCGGAGAGCUUCAUGGUGUACAGCGUUGUGUUUGAAGGAGUGGUUGAGUGUAGCAACACUAUGGAGGACGAAGAGGACACCGAGCUGAUCCCUCAGGCCCUGGUCUAUAAGACCUGCAGGCAGCGGAUCUACGGCGUACUGCUGCCCAGUGGUAAAGAAACCGGUACACAGGGGCCAGCUGUCAAAGAGUGGUUUGUCUUUGCUGGAAACCCGCUGAAGGAACCUGAAUUAGUCCACCCUCUUCCUCUCAGCAUCUCAGAGGAUGAGCCAAGUCUGGAGUCAUUAUGGUUCGGCAGAGGGCCCGCACUGUCUGAUCCCCGUUUGGCGCACUUCUUGUCCAUCUUCGACUGCCAGGAGUUCUCGCCGCUGUAUGGCACCAUAGAAGAAGACUCACUCCUCGCCGUUCUGUGUCUGGUCACACACUUGGUGCUUCAGGUGCAGCAGCUAUCUCUAGAAGACUUGGAUGCUUAUCUCAGUCAAGCUGUGUGUGUAAGACACAGAUCCCACCAGGAGCUGCAGUGUAUUAAGCUGCCCUACCUCUCCGGCCGGGCCGUGCAGAUGGCCUCCCUCUACGUGCGGGGCCUCGGUCACCUGCUCGGGGCCAACUGUGCCUGUGGGGGCCCCCUGCCCAACGAUGCCCUGAUGCCUUGGCAGAGCUUCGACGGACGUCUGUUCCACAGCAAAUACCUGCUGGCUCACUCUGGCGCCGAUCACUCAGAGCUGGCGGACGACCACACCCCAUCUUUGGAUCUGUUUGUCAUCCUUCGAGAGAAAGUUCUGGAGGCUUGCAGGAAGCGGGGUAGGACUGUGCUGUCCAGACCCAGACCCAGUCCAGAUCCCCACCGAUCUGGGAUUCCAGCGCCAGGAUAUCCUCCCGGACACCAAGAUGGAUGGUUGGAAAGUGAGGGGCGUGCUGGAGCCUACCAGCGUGGGGGGGGUUGGAGGGAUGAGGGGCCGACGGGACCAUCAGAACCGGGCGGUUACCACCAUAGAGGAGGAGGAGGAGGAGGAGGAGGAGGAGGAGGAGGAGGAGGGGGAGGAGGAUGGCAUCAGCCCAGUCCAGCUCAACACACCCGGCCUCUCUCGUACCCUCACCCCGGCGAUGGAGGGCUCAACCACCCAAGGCCUUACGGGAUGACCCGUAGAGGGCGACCAGGACGGCCAAACAGGAGGGCCUUCCGGCUGGCUCCCAGAUGGUCCCAUCCCUCGGGCCCACGGUCGUAGCCCUCGCUCGCUCGCCUGGUGGAGAGGGGAGAGGAUUAGGAGGGGAGGAAUCGAGUGAACGAGGAGGGGGGAGAACGGAUCAAGAAACGAUCAAAAGAGAGAGAGGCGUCAAGUUACUCUGAACAAACUGUUUUGGUGAAUGAGCCCAAAAGGAGGACUGUUUGUAGAAAGGAGAGAAGAGAGGUGGAUGAGUGGGGGGGGGGGGGGGGGGAUCGAUGGGGCUCAGGUUCUAAAAGAUUAGGAUUAGAGGAAUUUCAAGAGAAACUUCAAAUGUGUCGUUUUGUAUUUCUCCGUAAGCCUUCCAUAGGAACCCCCAGCACACCAGGCAGAAUCCGUUGCAGGUGUGCUCCUCGAGUGCAGUGAACGGAUCGGCUGCUGGUCAGUCUUCUCCUGCCUUGCCAUCUCUCUCUCUCUCUCUCUCUCUCUCUCUCUCUCUCUCUCUCUCUCUCUCUCUCUCUCUCUCUCUCUCUCUCUCUCUCUCUCUCUCUCUCUCUCUCUCUCUCUCUCUCUCUCUCUCUCUCUCUCUCUCUCUCUCUCUCUCUCUCUCUCUCUCUCUCUCUCUCUCUCUCUCUCUCUCUCCUGCCUAUCAGAGCAGUCUGGGGCCCCACCCUGUGAUAGAGAAGGGGGAAAGGGUGGAGAAAAUGGAGAUUAUCAGAGGACUCACUUCAAACACAUUGAUGCGGGAGGAGAAGAGUAUCCAUUGAGGCCUACUGUUUAACUUGGACACUGUUUGCGAUGGCAGAGUAAUCCUCAGUGAUCCUUCAUGUUAUCGCGGAGCUGCUGACACUGCUACUGUUGAUGCUGGGGUCGGAUAUCUGUCCUGUUACUGGCAGGAAAACCUCCUCGCAUCCGUCAUAAGACACUAUUACCUUCAGUCUUAGUGAUGCCAAUCAUCUAUCUGCAUUUCUGUGUUCUUAAAGACCUUGACCUGUUGAAACAUUGUUUUCAAAGUUUGUAAGAAUUGUGCAUUGGAUGAUGUAUGGCGCAAACUAUAAAUCAAAUGUGUGCAUUUCUGCACGUACAUGAAUCUACGUGCGUCCUGUGUGCUCAAAAUUGUGAGAAUAAAACAGCUAAUCCGUGUGGUAAUUUGA